AUGUGUGGACGUUAUGCACUAGCACUGCGGCCAUCGCAGAUCCGGCGCAUGUUGCAGGAUGAGGGCAUGCCUAUUGACGAUGCGCCGGAAGACGAAGGCCAGGGAGCUCCGCGCCAAACAUACAACUUUGCGCCGGGAUACCAUGGCGUCGUCUACCGGGCCGACGUCCCAGAUCGCGGUGCAGGACAUCGCCGCGACCACGCAGCCAAGAGCCAGAAUCAACCACCGGCAGAGGCUUCUAUGAGCCAAUCCCACCCUGAAUGUGAUUCCGUAAAGUACAAGAUGCAGUCAAUGCAAUGGGGUUUGAUUCCGUUCUGGACCAAACGCGACCCCGGCUACUCUCAGCUUUCAAAGACGAUCAACUGCCGCGACGAUUCACUGAGCACACCAGGUGGCAUGUGGGCAACCAUGAAGGCGGGAAAGAGGUGCAUAGUUGUGGCGCAGGGGUUCUACGAGUGGCUCAAAAAUGGCAAGGAGAAGCUCCCCCAUUUCGUGAAGAGGAAGGACGGCCAGCUCAUGUGCUUCGCUGGACUGUGGGAUUGUGUGAAAUACGAGGAUUCCGACGAGAAGCGCUACACAUACACCAUCAUCACAACUGAUUCGAACAAGCAGCUCAAGUUCCUUCAUGACCGAAUGCCGGUCAUUCUCGAUCCCGGAUCGAAAGAGAUCAAGGCAUGGCUGGACCCCAAAAGGCACGAGUGGUCAAAGGAACUGCAGGACCUCCUGAAACCCUUCAGCGGCGAGCUCGAAUGCUACCCGGUCACCAAGGACGUGGGCAAGGUCGGCAACAACUCGCCAUCCUUCAUCAUCCCUGUCGCGAGCAAGGAAAACAAAUCCAACAUUGCGAAUUUCUUCGCCAACGCGUCGGCCAAGCAAAAGCCGCAGGCCUCCAAGGUUGAACCCACCGUUGCGGUCAAAGUAGAGCCGGAGCAGUCACAAGAAGGUGAAUCGCAGCCGAUCCCUGAGGUGAUUGCCAAAGCGGCGGAUGACACAGAAAGCCGGGAAAAGGCGGGCAUCAAGCGGGAGGCUUCUGCUGCGGAUGAGGACGACGAGCCGCCACAGAAGAUCCAGUACAAGGGGCCGACUACGAAAUCAAGGCAGAGCCGCAUCAGCGCGACGAGCAACGUCAGCAAGAGCCCUGUGAAGGCCAAGGACGGAACUCAAAAGAUUACGAAGUUUUUCGCAAAUAGUGCUUGA